CGCCGGAUUGUAAAUAGAUAAGUUCAAAAAAUUAAUAAAAUCAAAGUGACUGUAUAGAAUUCUUACCAGAACUGAUUUAGAACGUUGCUCUGGUGAAGUGCAUAUUUGUUUUCACGCGAAGCGAUUAUUCAUUCACUUGCUAAACUGGUUUUUAAUUGAACUUGCCGCAAUCAAGUUAACAAGUGUGUAAAUACUUCGCUGGUUUUUCUUUUAUACGUUGACACGUACAUAAUAAAUAAGUAAAUAUAUAUUUUAUCCAAAGUGCUGCUGAGGCGCAGUUUAUUGUCGGCAUUUCACUUUAGGCGUCACAUCUUAACCGAAGAAUAUCAAACGCGCAUUGUAACUAUUAGUCGGACAUAUUCUCGUCAAACCAAUAUGGCAAAUGUUGAGAUUCCAGGUCGUGCACUGCAUUAUGUGCUGAAAAUUGGAAAUCGUGGCAAAAAUGCCUUCUUUUUCCGGGAUAUACUUGGCAUGAAGGUGCUUCGCCACGAAGAGUUCAAGGAAGGCUGUGAAGCUCAAUGCAAUGGACCUUAUGAUAACCGUUGGAGCAAGACUAUGAUUGGAUAUGGCCCUGAAUCAACACAUUUCGUAAUUGAACUUACCUACAACUAUGGUGUAAAAAGCUACGAAUUAGGUAACGACUUCGGUGGCAUUACUAUCAAAUCAAAAGAAGUACUUGAGCGUGCCAGGUCGGAAAACUACCCAGUUUCCGAGGAGGAGGGGCAGCAUGUACUCACUUCACCCGAUGGUUAUAAAUUCUUUAUUAUUGAAGAGCCACAACCACAAGAUGCCGAUCCUGUGCUCAAUGUCACAUUGCAUUCCAGCGAUUUGGCUAGAUCAAAACAUUACUGGAAUGAAUUGUUGAAAAUGAAUAUCGUUGACGAGAGCUCCGACAUAAUUACACUCUCAUAUGGCCAAAAUCAAGCAGCUUUGCGUUUGAAGCAACUCACUGAACCCCUUAAUCGCGCAAAAGCUUAUGGACGUAUUGCGUUUGCAGUGCCAUUAAAUGUGCAACCAACUAUUGAUGCGAUUAUUAAGGAAGCGAACGGCACCAUUUUGACGCCAUUAAUUACACUGGACACUCCGGGCAAAGCGACAGUGCGUGUCAUAAUCUUAGCUGAUCCAGAUGGUCAUGAAAUAUGCUUUGUGGAUGAGGAAGGAUUCUCUGAGCUGUCGCAAGUUGAGGAGAAGGGAGACCAAAAUCUCACUAAGUAUAUACAAAAAGAUCCCUUUCAAGACAAGGAAUAAAUGCGUUAGUUUACAUGUAUAAAUUUUCUUUUGAGUUAAAUGUACGUAUUUAUCCUUAUCUAUUUAUAUGAAUGGCAUCGCAUGCAAUGAUAUUAAUUUUAAAAAUAAUAUAGCACUAUACAUAUAGUAUUUUCACUAAA